AUGGAGAUAUUCAAUAGAAGAACGACGAACAUUGUGAAGAGACCUGAAGUUACUGCUUCGAAGCGUCAGCCAAGGUAACUUGGAGACAUCGAUCGAAUAGAAGGAUGGCGAACAGUUGGACACAGAGAUGAAGAGACAUACUAAAGCUGUCUGUACCAGUGUAGGUAGUACCAAUGUAGAAAUGCUGUGCUGAAUGGUUAUAUUACUACCUUAAAAAAUAAGCAGAAACUCGACGUUUCGAGCGAAGGCCCUUCGUCAAGAGUUAGUAGCCUUCGUUUCGACGAAGGGCCUUCGCUCGAAACGUCGAGUUUCUGCUUAUUUUUUAAGGUAGUAAUAUAACCAUUCAGCACAGCAUGAAGAGACAUUGCCAUUGGGAAAAGAGAGCUGAAGGUACUAAACCUACGAGAGAAUGAUGGCUUACAACCGUGUAUUGUAAAAGAUGUUCUCAUCAGAGAUUAAGAAGUACCUGUUUUUGACAUGCUUGAGUUAUUCACUUCACAACAGAUUUUUAUUGGUAAAUAUAAAUCUAUUUGACAUGUGACACAACAUAACGCAGCACGAGAUAUCGACACUCUUUCAAAUGUCAAAUUAGGACUGUCAGUGGCGUUGUUGAGGAAAGAAAAACGGGUAAAAUUGUUCAAGAAAUGUGUUAUUCAUUUUGCAGGUGUGUGCAAGAAUUUAAACUGCUCCACUGAGUAACAACUGUAUAUAAAAUUUAUAUUCUUUAACUUCUUUGUUUGGUUACGUUUCCUAAUAAGUAGCUUAGCUGCCAUAUCAGUAGAAAAUAUUUUACAUGAUAUAUGUAGAAAUGUAUUUUUGCAAUUAGUGUAUUGAUUAUUGUGGAAAUUAUAUAUUUCUUGUUUGUUUUGUAUAGGUUUUUCCGAAUUGAACGUUAUACAUUUGUUGUCUUAGUCGGAUUUUUUCUCUUUGGUGGUAAAAUAAAGGUAGGCUGUCAACUUGUUACAAAGCUUUCUCAUUGUCUUUGUCUUUGACAAGACAUCUCACAGUUCUAUAUAUGUUAAAAUCAGACAGUUUAAUGGAGUCACAAGAUGUAUUUGAAAGCCGUUCUUUAGGUUGUGAUUGCAAUAUAAUGUUGCCACCAGUACGAUAGGAAAAAAAACAAUACCUGCGCACAGGUUGCCUUCAAAUGUAUAGUGCUAUAUUUUGUCCCAAGCUCACGUGAGAAGAGGGCUUCCAGUUUGACACUUCUCUCCAAGUACUCUGGUUUUCUCCUGCGGUAAUAGUGGAUCAAUUAGGUAUGGUUUCCCGUACUGGACGGCCUACAGUUUGGAGCCGAAUCCUGUGCAGUGCUGCGAACACUGUCCACUGAGCUGCAAAGUCCACGGCACAGAAUAAAGAUCCACACAGAAGGGCCCCCUGGCCGCCAUCUUCCUAUAGCCAGUCGAUUACAUAUUCUGGCCAAUAAAUGCGCUGUAUUGGCUGGAGGCCCCGCCUUCUGGCCAGUCAACUGCAUAUUUUUGCAUAAAAAAUAGCGACACGUUGCACCGCUGAGUGGCCUUUUGGUACUAAUCUUUAUUCUGUGUCCAGGGGCCGGUUGAACGAAGGUGGAUAGCGCUAUCGACUGGAUAGUGAUUUUCUCAAGCUUUGCCUUCGCACAACCGACCCCAGUUGGCAAGAGCUAACCAUAAGUUCAUGUAUAUAGUGUAUAUAAGCGUAUUCUAAAUUUUGGAAAACAAAGUUAACAUUGCAUAUGUUCACGUUUUAGCCUUCAGAAGCAUUUGAUACAUCAACUUUCGACACACUUCGCCUUGGUGACGAAAUAACGAGCGACAUGUUAGAGCAAAUCAGAGCAUUGCAAGCUAUCUUGAAUCAACCUAUCUCACUGGGAUUGCUUGUCAGAGGAGGUGAAGGCCCCCCUGGUCCGCCCGGUUCUUCAGGGAAAACCGGGGGAAGAGGGACCGUGGGUGAUCAAGGUCCGGUUGGAGAGAAUGGUUCAGCUGGUCUCGAAGGACGUUUUGGAAAGACCGGAUCUCCGGGUCCUCCAGGGGAGCCAGGAGCUCCGGGAUAUCAAAGGACAUACGGUGCCGUCAAUUAUGCUAAUUACGCGAGAGAUUACGGCGUUACUGAUGAUCAAAGUUACACAAACGCGCAACAGCAAAACUAUAACACGGAUCAAUCUUUGUCAGGGGUAAGCAAUAAGAAACAUUUCCCGUGUUUAUGAAAGAGUGAGCAAACACUAUCACUAAAAAUAUCGGAGGCGUUUUUAAAUAACCGUUACAUUUUAACAAUUUAGCAACGCAUGUGAAUAAAACUGAAGUAUUUAUAAUUUCUAUUAUUUUAGAAAACACAAAUUAUCUGUGAAGACAAACGGUUGUGGGUAGGAUGUAACCAGAACGAAAAGAUUAAUAUUACCAAUGCAUUCUGGGGUAGAGAUGAUUUUAUCACGUGUUCUCAAGAUGCCCCUAGCAACCACAGUGUACGUCAGUAUAGCCUUGACAACAAUGAUCACGUGGUAAUGAAAAUAAAAGAGAUUUGUGAUUGGCGUCCAACCUGUGAAUUAUAUGCCACCCGAUUAUUCCUUGAUGACGUCACUAAUUCGCAGGUGUAUAAAUACUUGCGGGUUGUGUACGAGUGUGUUCCGAACGCGUACGACAAAGGCAACUUCGGCGAACAUCAGGAAAACUGGGAAGAGAAAUUGUCGAGAAAUGAUACAGCGCUCUGGACUCAAUGA